UUCCGCGGUCACACUGCCACCGAUAUAAAAACAAAAAAAUUUUGAUUGGUUAUAAUUUGUGAUAACCAUGUCAAAUCCAAUGCGAAUCAAGGAGGAGACAUCCGGCGAGGAUCCCUCCAGCACGGAAACCAUAGAAAUACCCGAUCGGGAGGAUGAUCAGGACAUAUGUGAAUUGGAGCACUUGCGUAAGCUAUUUAUCGGUGGCCUGGCGCCCUACACCACCGAGGAGGGCCUCAAGGUGUUCUACGGGCAGUGGGGCAAGGUGGUCGAUGUGGUGGUGAUGCGCGAUGCCGCCACGAAACGUUCGCGUGGUUUCGGCUUUAUAACCUACACAAAGUCCACGAUGGUGGACAAAGCACAGGAGAACCGGCCCCAUAUCAUCGACGGCAAAACGGUGGAGGCCAAGCGGGCGCUGCCACGCCCGGAGCGUGAGACCCGUGAGACGAAUAUAUCUGUGAAAAAGUUAUUUGUCGGCGGCCUAAAGGACAAUCAUGACGAGGACUGCCUGCGGGAGUAUUUCGUGCAAUUCGGCAGGGUGGUUUCCGUGAAGCUGCUCACCGACAAAACCACCGGCAAGCGUCGGGGAUUUGCAUUUAUAGAAUUCGAUGAUUACGAUGCUGUGGACAAGGCAAUACUUCAAAAACAACAUUCCAUUAAAUACGUGCACGUGGAUGUUAAGAAAUCUAUUUAUAACUUGGAAAAGAAAGACAAGCAGUCCCAGGGACCGCCGACCAAUGGCAGCAAGCCGCCGCAGCAACAGCCACAGCAGCCGCCUCAGCCGCAUAAUGGCAAUAUGCAGGCGCCCGGCUACCGUCCGCCUGUGCCGCCACAACAGCCAAUGCCUCCGUAUCCGCACCAGCCGCCGCCACCAAUCAAUGCACCGCCACCCAACUACAACUACUGGGGUCCGCCGCCACCGAUGCAGGGCUACUAUCAGCAGCCACCGCCGCAAAUGAACGGCUGGAAUGGCUAUCCACAGAAUGGUUGGAAUGCUCCGCCGCCGCCACCGCCAGGUCCACAGCAGUGGCAUCCCAGUCAAUGGGGUUGUCCGCCGCCUGUGCAGCCACCGGCAGGUGCUGGUGGUCCACCAAUGGAUCAUCAUCGCAAUGGACCACCUCCGCCGGCACCGGGUAACUGGAACAUGCCGCCCAAUGCACCGCCACCCGUACCUGGAGCACCACUGCCGCAGGGUCCGCCGCCACACCAGCAACCGCCUCCGAAUUUCGGCACUGGCUAUCAGCAGAACUACGGCGGUGGCCCCACGAAGCACAACAAUAUGAAUGCGAAUCGCAUGAACCCCUAUGCGGCAGCUCCCCCCAACAAUUACCAUAAUGCACAGCCGCCGGCCAGUGGCUAUGGGCCGUACAGUUCUCCAGCUCCGCCCCCGAAUGGAAAUGCACCGCUGCCAAAGGGAGUGUCAAACGGUUCGGUGGCCGUUGGGGGCAGUGCCAAUAGCAAGUAUCGCCGCUAGAUUGCCGAUGCCUUUUUGUGCGCACUUUGUGCAGCAAAAGAAUCAAGAUACUGUUAAGCUAGCAACACACACUCGCUUAGAGUUAGAGAAUCAAGAAACAAGAAACUGAAAAACAAACAGGACACUUAACGCAUUGUCUCUCUAUCUAUCAAUAGGACAACUAACUACGGUUUUUACUCUACACCUAAGCUAUACCAUUGAUAAUUUAACUAUCGAUCUAAGCCACAGACUAUAUGUAUAAAUAUUUUCUAUAACAAUGUUUGGGAGGUCCAAAGGUCUAACCCCUAACCAUUAUUGCAUACAUCGCGAAAUGAAUGUAUGCCUUCCCCCAUUUAGAACAGGGGAAUGGGCGACGGAAAGAAUUUAUUGAACAUCUUAACGGAUGGAUGAUUACCAGUGCUCUCUAUCUUAACGUGAAUCCUCCCAAAUCUCUGUACAUUUUUCGAAACCAAGCGUCCGUGCAGCGCGCGUUUGCUUGCAAAAAAUAUUAACUAAGGAUUGACAAAUGGAAGCAAUAAAUAAAUUAGCAAUUAGUUACAAAUUACGCAGCUUUAGCCUGAGCUUAUUGGCCAUAAUUCGUAUAGCUAGAUAAUAGAGAUUUUGUAUUACCUAAAAACAAACAAACAAACAAAUGCAAAACAAAAGAUACGUCCAGAAAUAACAUAAACGUAAACAAACAAAAGAAUAUAAAAUAAAAUUAAAAUCAAAUCAAAUCGUAAUCAAACCAAGCGCAGCGCUAAGCUGGCGGGCGUAGCACGGGUGUGUGGGUGGCCUUAACCAAUCGAUGUACACACGAGUUGAUAUCAAAACUAUUGUCAAUUUUUAUAGAGCAAAAAGAUUAUAUACACCAUAAACGACUCGACUACUACAUAUAGCUGCUAUACAAGACAUCCAAACAUGAUUCUAUAAUGCUGUAAAAAGGUUUCUCCACACCAACUGUCAUUGAACUGCCCGCUCAUUCCACUGAUUGACUGGAUUAACUCAAUAUGAUGGCAUACAAGCUAUGAUAUAUGAUCAAAAAAGUGAAUUUCAAUAAACAUUUGCAAUCAUUAGGAGGUCUAGACUCUGCAAAAAUCAAUUGAUUAUAUAGACAUAGGGUUGUAAAACGUUCAAGGAUAGGACAUUCAAUUUAAUUUAAUUAUUACAAGUAAAGUGUUGUGGAGUGUAAUAUCAGUGCUGAGUAAGUUCUUAAUUUAAUGAUUAGCGACUUAUUCUAAUCGAUUUCCCCUCAGUUCCCAUGAGAUUAUUCCAUUAUUUUUCGUCAUGUGUUACCAGAAAUACUGUAACUUAUGGUGUUGAGUAAAAGCAUAGUGUUCAACAAUUCGAAACUAAUUCGAAUGGCUGCAAGUGUCACUCUAUUUUAGUAAUAGUCCAGUGAAUCAGUAGAACUACGAAAAUACGCGCAUGAUUUUUGUUAUAUUAUUAUUUGGAAGCUUUUUACGUUUUGAUGCCCAUCUAUUGGGCCAGAAUUUGUUUGUUUUUGUUUGACAAACGAUGAGAAACUAUAUAUAGUAAUUAUAUAUAUAUGAAUGUUGAUUUUGAGUACGAACCACGACACACACGGAACUCUAAGUUAAGUUUAGAUCAACAGUUUAACUAGAUGUAUGAAUACUUAUUCUCUCUUUCUACAAUAUUAUUACCACUUAUAUUAUAUGUAUGCUUACGUUCUGUAGCUCACGCCAAAGGCUUUAAAUUUGAUCUAUGAAUUAUAUAUACUACAUAUAUUAUAUAUACGAUUAAUUAUGUAUUGAGAAUAAGAGCAAAUAUG